UGCGAUUAUGUGGGAGGAGGGAGGUUUUAAAUUAGAGCCUACACCGGAAGUGAUGUCAGUAAGAGAAGCGCAGAGGAGGGGAGUAUUGUUCCAGGCUGGAGAUGUGCUGUUGCAAUUCACUAGCAUACAAGUUAUCUAUUACAAUUAUGUGGGAGGAGGGAGGUUUUAAAUUAGAGCCUACCCCGGAAGUGAUGUCAGUAAGAGGAGCGCAGAGGAGGGGAAAAGUGCGCCAGAGAAGCCGCUGCAGUUCGAGCGAGGCUAAAGUGAGGCCAGCUAGGGGAAAAAUAAGAUAAAAAGUAUGAAGAAAUCCCGAAAAGAUUUCUCUUGGAGAGACAGACGAAGAAACCAAGGAAGGUCUGACCAGUAUUAUGAAGGGCCACAAACCAGCCAGUCACGCCCAGAGUCCCAGACACGUGAGGACGUAGUGACGCCGCCACUGCCAGGCCGCGCUGCUUUUGUCUCCCCGAUGGCCAUGUCUGUGGAUUUUAAAACUUAUGUAGAUCAGGCGUGUAGAGCUGCUGAGGAAUUUGUCAAUAUUUACUAUGAGACAAUGGACAAAAGAAGGCGGGCACUCACCAGGCUGUAUCUGGACAAGGCCACUUUAAUAUGGAAUGGAAAUGUUGUCACUGGGCUGGACGCCCUAGCUAAUUUUUUUGAAAUGUUGCCUUCUAGUGAGUUCCAGGUCAAUAUGUUAGAUUGCCAGCCAGUUCAUGAGCAAGCUACCCCGUCGCAGACCACAGUUCUUGUUGUGACCAGUGGAAUUGUGAAGUUUGAUGGAAACAAACAGCACUACUUCAACCAGAACUUCCUGCUGACUGCUCAGUCCACUCCUAACAACACCGUGUGGAAGAUCGCAAGUGACUGCUUCCGUUUUCAGGAUUGGGCUACUACUUAAAGGGGUAAAGGUCCAUUCUCCUGUAGUCCAUUAGUUGCAGCAACUGAAAUUUAUGUGAAUUAAUCCAUUUCACUGUAGAAGUACUAUAAAUUAGUAUGUGUUAAAACUAGAUUUCUUUAAUAUCUUCAAUUCCUCGCAGCACCUUUUCUAGCAGCUGCCAGUUUGGAUCAUUGUCCUUAAGAACUUUAACGCUAGUUUUUUACAUGCCUUACGUACAUUCCACUAAUAAUGUUUUGAUUUUAAUAUUAAACACAUGGUCUCUGUACUAACAUUCACUGUGAAUUCAGCCCAUCGCAAAAAUCAAAUCUUUUAUAAUACUGUCCAUGGGUUAUCAGCACAACGUAACUCUCUGGGAGCGAGUGGGGUUUUUCUGGUCAUUAGGUUAGUUUUGUAGUAAAACUUACACUUAUUUUCAGUAAACACUGGUAAUGCAGUUUUAAUAUAUGGCUUUUUCAUAUCAGCUCAAUGAAAGCAUUACUAAGAUUUGCAUAACUACUCUGAUAUACUAGAAUUGCAUGUAGAGAUGUUCAGUAGCUCUUUUAAUGUGUUAAGUACUGUUUUAUGUUAGCAUGUUUUUUUAAUGAAGUGAAUUAGUAGACUAUAGAGAUGUAUAAUGCUCUCGGUUGAUACCUUGAGUACUGAGUACAAUUUGGUGGUUUAAAAGCAAAGCUUCUUAAAAAGAUUUUUUUUGGCAGCUCCAGGUCUAUAACUUUGGGUUAUGAGCGAUAGUAGGACUGAUAGCUUUAAUGUGAGAACGGAGAAUGAGAAAUGUCAAGAUCUAAGGUUAGAAGCAGAACUAAGGAGCGGUGGCCAAAUACUAAAUUUUGGGGACUUGUUUUCUACCUCUUAACAAUGUUUUAAGUCUUAUUUUUAGGAUUUAAAUCACUAGGGUAAUCGAUAUCCUUGCCAAAUGGUCACAAGUGUCACAUUUGUUCUAAACAUGAUUUUUUAAAGUUUUUCAACUUACCUCAUACUUAUCACCAAUAUAGGUCUCAAUUUAUAUUCAAGGACUUAUGGGGGCAAAAUGUCAGCAAUAAGCCUAACCCUGGCAGCUGGAGUCUUAACAGGAAAGUUAGAAAUAAAGCCAUUGCCAUUAGUAACAGGACAUAUCUCUUAACCUCUGUCUCUUCCGUGUAGACUUCAGGCCAAAACUCUACAGUGUAUUAAUGCCCCACAAGAAAAGUGAUUUUACCGCAGCGUUUUACACUGUCAACUGCAUUAUUUUUUAAUUAUUGGAAAUUCAGAAUUUCUUUUUGUGAUUUAUUCUUCCAUAUGGCAUUGAACAAUAUCUGUUUUUAAAACAUUCUGUUUCUGUUAUGUGGCUCACUCUUUGACUUUUUUUUAAGAGAAAAUGAAGAACAGUAGAUCUUUAUAAACCCGUAAACUUCAAAACACCAAAUUGAUUAAUUCGAUGUCUCUCAGCUCUAAAGAGAAAGAAACCUAGCUUUGGUUUUUGGUUAAACUUGAAAUAUCUUUUCCAUUUUUUAAUUGAUUUUUAAAUGUUUUUACACUGUAGUACCAGCUUCAUUUCUACAUUGAAACUCACUAAAUUUUAAAACCAGCAAUUCAUUUCUCUUUGCCCCAAAUUGCACACUACAUUUCUGCCAUGUUAACAAAAUAAGGGGCUGGAACUGAAAUUUAGAAAUUAUCCAUGCCUUCUUGUAGUACUGAUCAAAACUUACACAUAUUCUGCUCAAAAUGAGCUAACUAUUUUAAAUUGGCUUUUUAAAACCACAGCUUUAGCAACAAUUUGAAUGCCAAACACUACCCCUCACCUUAGGGAGAAUAGUCUCAAAUACAAGCUACAUAUAACUAGCAAUAACUGACUUGAAUAAACAGUUGUAUACUAUUCACUAGUUGUACAUUUUUAAGACUUGCAUAUGAGUGCUUUUUCCAGGUUCUGUAUAACUUCAAUUGGUUGGAACUACUCUUAUGUGGACUAUACUGUAUUUUUAACAUGCUCAUAUUUUUGUACCUUGAAAAAAUAAAAUAAAGUUUGCCUUGUGAUGGGUUUUAUCGAGUUCAUUUUGAGAUCUUUUGAAUUUUUUAAGGCUCCGGAGCAGGUAUUUGUUUCUUUACAAUAUAAGGUCUUUCAAAUUUAACAAAAUGUUAGAAUGUUGAAAACAGUGGUUGACAGCUUGAACUUUUUCUUUGUUGUCCUGUCUCUAGUCUACCCUAUUCUCUUUUCCUACCAAGUAUUCAUAUUCCUGAGAUGACCUCUGAGGUCGAAGGAAGAUUUUUUGUGAGAAGUUGGAAAUUUUAACCUUGAGGAACUAGCCAGAAUGCUCUUAGACAGUCGAAACAAAAUACAACUGUUUUCCAGGAAGAAUGGUCCCAUUAUCUUUAAUUCUACAUUAAAAAUAUGUUAGCAGACACUUUUGGAGAGGAGUGAGAAGAGACAAAAACCCUUGAAAUCAAAGACCAUAUUUCGUCUCUUCAAAGAUGCGUGUAUUUUUCAUAUUUUAACGCUCCUGAAAUACUGGUAUGAUCUUAAAUC